CAACCUUUGCUCCGUCCGGGAGAAGCCUGGCUCCUGAGAGGGGUGUCGGCGCUCACAGGAGCCUGGGGCGGGCUGGGGGCCGCUGCUCCCUGCUCGUCCCUCCCACCCGAGGGGUUUGGUCGCGGGGUUCAUUUCUGGACGCCCGCACCUCGGACCGCGGUAUCGGUGGGACUCACCCGCGAGAGGUUUCGACUGGGGAAGGCAGCCGCGUCGGAGGGAAUUAGGGGCGAGCCGUCGAGUGGGGACGGUCCCGGGUCGCAAACUUAGGGCGUCCGGGAGAGAGUGGGGCGCAGGCCCCUGGCCCGCGGCGGCGCCCGUGCCCACUUCGGGGCUCGGAGCCGGAGCUCUCCGUGCGCGCGCGGGCCCGAGAUCGCCAGGCCGCGCCGGCCGAGAAGGCGUCGGCGGAGAAGGCAGCAGGUGCGCCGUCCCGCGGCAGAGCCGCGCGGCCCCCGGGCAUGCGGACGCCGGCGGCGAUGACGGUGGGCAUGGUGCUCGCGCCCUGCGGGCUGCUGCUCAACCUGACGGGCACGCUGGCGCCCGGCUGGCGGCAGGUGAAGGGCUUCCUCAACCAGCCGGUGGACGUGGUGCUGUACCAAGGCCUUUGGGACAUCUGCCGCGAGCAGAGCAGCCGCGAGCGCGAGUGCGGCCAGCCGGAUGAGCUGGGGUACUUCAAGGCUGAGCCUGUGCUCGUGGCGCGGGGACUCAUGGUGACGUCCCUGGCGGUCACCGUGCUGGGGCUGCUGCUGGCGUCGCUCGGCGUGCGCUGCUGGGAGGACGAGCCCCGCUUUGCACCGGCCGGCUUCUCCGGCUUGGUGCUCUUUGCCGCGGGCCUCUUCAGCCUCAUCCCGGUGUCCUGGUACAAUCACGUCCUGGCGGAUCGCACCGUCCUGCCCGCCCCGGAGAGCCCGGUUACGGUGGAAGUCAGCUACAGCCUGGUGCUGGGCUACCUGGGCAGCUGCCUGCUUCUGCUGGGCGGCUUCUCGCUGGCGCUCAGCUUCGCGCCCUGGUGCCAGGAGUGCUGUGGACGCCGCAGCAAAGCACCCUCCGGCGGCCCUCGCCGCCCCAGCAUCAGCACCGUGUACGUCGACUGGCCGCAGCCCGCGCUCACGCCCGCCAUCAAGUACUACAGCGACGGUCAGCACCGGCCGCGGCCCGCGGAGGCGGGCCCCGUGGACGUGGGCCUCGCUGACAAGCCCAAGGUGGGCUUCCCCAUGCCGCGGCCGCCACCCAAGACCUACACCAACUCGGUGGACGUGCUCGACGGGGAGACGGGGCCCCACUCCCAGGGCGCCUCCUCGCGCAGCACCCGCCCCUGCCACAGCUCCCUGCCCUGCGACUCCGAUCUGUAGACCGCGCCCCGCAGCUUGCGCUGCCCGGACGGAGGACUCUCGCCACCACCGUCUAACCUUAAACGUGUCUGUUCCCUUGGGGCCUGGAGUCGGAACCUUGGACACCGUUCCUGUAACUGCGCCUGGUUUGGAGGGCGGUCUUCCUUUCCUGUGGCCAAACUAGACUCCUUGGACGUUUACUUCAGGUUGGGUUUGUUUUUCUUUAUAUAGAGCUGCUGUUGUUCUCUCCAGAGGAAUCAGGGUCCUUAUAGGGUGACAGGCUUAUCCCUCUUUCAGCUGAAGGACAGAGAGCGACUUUGCAUCUUAUUGACAAGGGACAAUAACAACAAAAAAGUCAGCCUCGGCUGUGGAGGCCAAAAAUCGACUUAACACCUUGAAACAAUAUUCUGAAAUGCUGAUGAACUUUGCAUCAACGUAAUUAAAUAUUACUAAUUUCUUUCCUGCUGUAUAAUUCAUUUUCAUGCAAACUCUGGAGAGACCAGUCUAUUUCUGGCUGUGUUUGAAUGAAGCUCUCAAAAAUAAACGCAGAGCCAUGCAAUUA